AUGGCCUUCCGAGGUGAUGCGCGAGGUCGUGGCGGAUUCAGAGGUGGUGACAGAGGAAGAGGAUCGUUUGGUGGAAGAGGUGGAGGGCGUGGUGGAUUCCAACAACAGAGCUUUGGGCCGCCUGCACAAGUGUUUGAAAUGGGCACCUUCAUGCACGCCACCGAGGGUGAAAUGGUCUGCGAGUCCGUCAACGCAAAGAUACCUUUUUUCAACGCCCCCAUUUACCUCGAGAACAAGACUAGCAUAGGAAAGGUGGAUGAGAUCCUGGGACCCAUCAACCAAGUCUACUUCACGAUUAAGCCGCAAGAAGGGAUUCAAGCUACGUCGUUCAAGAAGGGUGACAAAUUCUACAUUGGAGGAGACAAGCUAUUACCGCUGGAGAAGUUCUUACCCAAACCCAAGCCGCCGCCAGGUGCAGCGAAGGUCAGGAAGCCGGCAGGUGAACGAGGAGGCAUGAGAGGGGGAAGAGGAGCGGGCAGAGGACGAGGCGCACCUGGCCGGGGAGCACCCAGAGGCCGGGGCUCUUUUGGUGGGGGUGCUCGAGGUGCUCCCAGAGGACGGGGAGGAGCACCAGGGGCCAUGUCGCGGCGAGCGGGGCUCACCAAUGGCGGCGAGAAACAAACUCCUGCGCAGCCCAAGGACAAUGCAGCUCAAUCGAAACAAGCAAUGCUGUUAUCCUCAGAUUCGGGCCACUUCAGUCUGAUUAGGGCGCUUCAUCUCGCUGAUCUGAUCACCGAAUUGAAUGGCUUUUGUGGAUUCAUGUCAAUUCUCUCCUCGAUGCGUUAUUGUCUCGCAGACCCGAGCGAUCUCACGAAUCUCUGGCUUGCCUUUGGAUUCAUGCCGUUUGGUCUAUUCUUUGACUUUUUUGACGGCAAGGUGGCGCGGUGGAGGGAGAAGUCAUCCCUGAUGGGUCAAGAGCUGGAUUCACUUGCGGAUCUGGUCACAUUUGGCGUCGCCACCGCCGCCGCAGGAUUCGCCAUGGGGUUCCGUACGACCGUCGACCAGAUCUUCCUAGCCUUCUACGUCCUCUGCGGAUUGACUCGACUCGCACGGUUCAACGUGACGGUUGCAAUGCUACCAAAGGACAAGACUGGGAAAUCAAAGUACUUUGAGGGCACCCCGAUACCGUUUGCCUGCUUGCUGAGUUUGACGAUGAUGACGGCUUGCACUUGGUUCGGUUGGAUACACGAGGAUAUACCCCUAGGGACUAUCUUCAGUGGAACGGGGCUCGAGUUUCAUCCCAUUGGGGCGAUUUUCCUCAUCAAUGGAAUCCUCAUGACGAGCAGAACCCUACAUGUUCCCAAACCGUGA